CAUUCAAACGCACGGAAGAGAUAACUUUAAUAGCAAUAUUUUUGUUUUCAUUUUGAGAAAGAAAGUAAACUUAACAAAAUCUGUUGAAAUAGGACGCAGUGGUUCGAUAAUUACAAAAAUGUAAGAAGCGUGCUGCAAAUUUCAACUGUUACAAUGUGAUUACUUCGUCAUGAAAGGUUAUAAUUGUACAUAGUGAAGUCAGAAUGUAACCACCAUGGCAGAGUAUGAGACUCAGUACCAAUCGUUGGCGUCUUACGACGAAGAGGAGGAUACAGACGAUAAUGAGAUUCCAAUCCAUGAUACAAAUUUCAUGAUUCAUGUAGUUCCAGAGAGCUCUCGCUGGAACCACAUAGAGAAUCUAGAUGACUUUUUUGCAAGGGUGUAUAACUUCCAUCAAAGAGGAGGCUAUGUCUGUAUGGUGGUGGAGGACAUACUACAACUCAUACAAUUUGUGUUUGUGGUGUGGUUCUCUACCUUCUUGGCGUCCUGUGUCCGAUACGAGGUCUUGUUCGCCAAUGGACCUAACAUAACCAAUCACAAGGUCACGAUUCCUGAGGCCAUCCGACCAUUUGACCAGUGUCUUGCAGAGUUUGACUUUGGCAUUGUGCUGUCUCUCUUGGUGGCCCUGGUGUUCUGGACAUUCCGCCUUAUCAAGGUCAUCUACAGCAUCGUCAAAUACACAGAGAUCCGUUCCUUUUACAUCCAUGCCCUCAAUAUCUCUGCAGCUGAAUUACCUAACAUGACGUGGCAUGAGGUACAGAGAUGUCUGUUGGAGGUGCAGAAGGAACAACAGAUGUGUAUUCACAAACAGGAACUCACAGAGUUGGAUCUUUACCACAGAAUCCUUAGAUUUAAAAAUUACAUGAUUGCCAUGGUGAACAAGUCAUUACUACCAGUCAAAUUCAAGGUGCCUUUCGUAGGGGACUAUGCUUUUCUAAGUACAGGACUGAAAUACAAUUUAGAGCUAAUACUGUUUUGGGGACCAUGGUCACCAUUUGAAAAUAAUUGGAAAUUAAAAGAAGAUUUUAGACAAAGUCAUCGGAGGAAACAUUUAGCAGAAAUGUUAUCCAAAAGGAUUUUGUGGAUAGGUAUAGCAAAUCUAGUACUGAGUCCUCUCAUCUUUCUCUGGCAAAUACUCUACUCCUUCUUCAGAUAUGCCGAGCUGAUCAAAAGACAACCUGGUAUAUUAGGAGCAAGGAGAUGGUCGAAUUAUUCCCGGUUGUACUUACGACAUUUCAAUGAGCUGGACCAUGAAUACAAUGCAAGAUUAAACAGAGGAUACCCUGCUGCAAAUAUGUACAUGAAUAUUUUUACUUCUCGAAUAACCAUUAUUAUGGCCAAAAAUGUAGCUUUCUUUGCGGGCUCCUUACUUGCUGUUCUGGUGGUUCUCUCCGUAUAUGACGAGGAUGUCCUCAGCGUGGAGCACAUUCUCACCACCAUCUCACUGGCAGGUCUGGUUGUGACAGCAUGUCGGGUUCUAAUCCCAGACGAGCACAUGGUAUACUGCCCGGAAGUACUGAUGAGGAACAUUCUCUCCCACAUUCACUACAUCCCAGACUCCUGGAAGGGAAACGCCCACACCUACAAAGUCAGGGAUGAGUUUGCAAUCCUUUUUCAGUACAAACUGUCCUACCUGCUGGAGGAGCUGGUCAGUCCAUUGGUCACUCCAUUCAUCCUGUGUCUGUCCCUCAGACACAAGUCGCUGGAGAUUGUGGACUUCUUCCGUAACUUCACAGUAACUGUGGUGGGAGUAGGGGAUGUAUGCUCCUUUGCUCAAAUGGACGUGAGGAAACACGGACAUCCAGAGUGGGCCCACAAGGUGAAGACAGACACUAACCAACACAACCAGGCAGAGGAUGGCAAGACGGAGUUGUCUCUCAUGCACUUCCACCUAACAAACCCAGAGUGGAAGCCCCCAAACACAGGCGGUACUUUUAUACAGACAGUUCGAGAGGAAGCCCAAAAAGAGAUGUCCUCCUUGGGUACCGCUCAGUCUGAAAUGCCUGGUGUGAUACAGGGCAUGUUUAACUCUCACCUGCCGAGUCUGGGGCUGCUACCCAGCAUGCUCAACCAAGGAAUGGGGUACAACAGUUUAGCAUCAAGUAUAGCCAUGCAGAGUACCUUGUAUUCCCCAACCACAACAUCAGCUGCCCCCUCAGGAGCCUCUGGAGGCCACGGGGUACAUCACAGACUGAAGGGCGGUAUAUCCCAGAUUGAGGGGCCCAUAGGGGCAGGAAACUUUGGUAUGUUGAGCAGCAUGACUAGCUCUGGCAGUCUACAGGGCAGUGGUAUAGGCAUAGUCCCCCACAGUGCCCAGCCCCGCGUGGACGAAGGCACCCUGGAGAUGAUGUCCCAUGACAUGAGCUUCAGUGCAUUGUACUUACAUGACCUUCAGUUCAAAAGGUCACACGGUCAAAGUGGCGGGGAAAACCUGGAUGAUAUUCGCGCACGUGCCAUGUGGCAACGACAGGACAGUAACCAACCAACAACACAUGUCCAAAUGGCGAACAUUCAGGAGAUGCAUCAGGAAGAGAGCCAAGAAGAGUUGCUAACUCAUAUACCUAGUGCUGCUGAGGAAGGGGAGCAGUCAAUAUCACAUCAGCCUAGCGCAGCUAAGGGUGAUGGCCAUCAUCCUCUAGAAUAGACCUGCACUCUUAUGGAAAUAUAUACUGUAACAAACCCAACAUCGCUCACUGGAGUACCGUAGUCUUACGACUGGAACUGUACCACUGUGGUACAUGUUAUUUGUGCAUAAGGUAUAGCCCUAACCAUAUCGAUCUGAUACAGGUUUUCCAUGUAUAUAUGGAACUCUGUGCUUCAGUUAUGUCACUCCGGUACAGGUUUAUACCUGCAGAUGGUUAAGUCAAACUCCAAAAAAACUCAAACAGUUAGCGCAUGGAAACAAAACAAACCAGAUCUGAGCUUGGAUGAGAGUGUUGGAAUAUAUUCUUGCUUUAAAGUAAAUGGCGAAUUUGUGAGACUUCAUCACCCAACACAUUGAUAUUCUAUUGCAUAUGAAAUAGUUAAGGACUGAAUCUUAUCUAUGUUUCUUGUCACAAUUUAUAAACUGUUAAUUUGGUUGAUAUACUGGAACAGUAUUCACAUUGUAUAAUUAGUACAUACAUGUUUCUGCAUAGCUGCAACAAGUUACAUCAUGAAUUAGUGCUAAAGCUGUCUGUAACCAGCAAUAAAACAGAUCAAUUAUAUUCAGCCAUCAUCAUAAUUUAUCGCUUCCAAUAAGCAGGAAAACAAACCUAUAAUGACGAGUAAAUAAAGUAUGUUAAUGGUAUCAUAUACAUGUACUUUUAACUAAGAUUUAUGGAUUUUUCUAUUUAAGAAAAAAUGGUAUUCCCCAUUACAACCCGUAUCUUAUUGUUUUGUAAAUAACCAAACUCAAUGUUAGUGUUGUGAGCUACAUAUGUGUAUGUGUCAUAGAUUUUACUUACCAAAAAAUUAUUUGUAUUGUACAUGUACAUUGACACCAUAUAAAUUCUUUCAUUCUAUAAAAUAUCGUAGAAAAGUCUUUUUUCUUGCCUGAGAUACAUUUAUCAUGUAGAUAAUACUAGUCUAUACAGUAAAAAGAUAGAUGUGCAUAACUGCUUAAAUCAUUUAUCAUAAUGGCCUCACAACUUAAGCACAUAUCUUCAGUAUCUAAAUAUUUAAACUUUAAUAUUUUGGCAUUGACAACAAGUGGCAUUAGUUGUGAAUGAUGUAUUUUGAACUAAUUAUAAAUGGGGGGUUUUCAGUUCAUUGAUCAAUAUGUACUAUAUUGAAUUCUUGAGCUCUGUAGUAAAUGGUGUUCUACACAGAGAAACCAAUUGAUGCAAUAAACACUUACUAUAAUUUUUUAAAUCCCUUACAUUUGUAAUGGAAUACACCCUAAAACAGUUCUAGUAUACAUAAUCCUAAAUAGUGUUUGACAAAAUAUUUGUAUAUUUGACGGGUUUAAGUUUUCAAAACUUUUCAUUAAAACAAAGUUUUGUGGUCAGCCGGAACUUGUUAUCCUUCCUGGUAAAUGAGUCAGGUUGAACAUCGUACUAUCACAAAACUACUUGAUUUAAACUAUAUAAAAGAAAUAUAAAUUAUGUAGCAUUAAAAUUACUAUCCCUAAAAAAGUGUGCUAGUCUUUUAAACCAUUUUCUAGGGCAGUAACACAGAGAAAUUGGCUUGGCUUGACCCAGUUUAACACCUUAAACAGAGGGGGAGAAAAAAUUAGACGAACCUCAACUCAUUCACCCCUGAAGACACAUUUGAACUCUUCCAAUUAAAAAGUUGGAAUAGUUCAUUAUGAAAUUUCAGGGGUGAAUGAGUUAAAUUCUCACCUGCCUUAAUGUUGUGACAGCUUUGUUCAAUAUGUUAUUUCCUGUCUUGAUUAGGUUUUGUUUUUCGUUUGAGUAAGAAUUGAUUAUUUUCCUUACACAGAUAGUCUGCACAUCAAUCUUGUUCCAUUAUAGUAAAAUAAAAUAAGACAAUAGGGAAUAUAGCAUGUUGCUUGCUUCUAUAGAUCAGGUGAUUUUCCUUAGAUGUACUGUAUAUACGUAUACUGGGGUAUACUGGUAUAUUUAUUGUUACUAACAUUUACUGUUGUAGAAACCAUGAAUGUAAAUAUCCAGUGAAUGUUUCAUGUUAUACAGUAAAAGAUCUAGAGUUUCGUCCAGGAAAGCAUGGUGUGCUUUUGGUGUCGGCACUAACUUGUCUAUGAAUAUUAAACUUAAUAUAUUUUACAGCAAUAAUGAAAAACUAUAUCAGUUUAUAUUUAUCACUCUUGUUGGCAUGGAUGUUAUGGCAUGGGGGUCUUAAUCUGGGAGGAAACCAGAGAACUCAAAGAAAACCCUGGUACGUUGUCAGGAAGGUCACCCCCUACCUUUUCACAUGGGAUCGGGGGAAUAUCAAACCCUGGUCGUCAUGGUGAAAGGCGAGUACGCUAUCCACUGCUCCACCCGAUCAUCCAGCCUAAUGCUCACUGUGCACUUAUUGUCUACUAUAUGUGAUAGUCAUAGUUUGUCUACUAUAGCAGUCGAAAUAGUACAAAUGUACUUUAAUGACUGUUAUAACAAGAAGCACCCAGUAGAAGUCUGUGCUAAAAUGUCUAACCUAGCAAGAAGUGCUAAUUAUGAUUUCUUAAGUUUCAACUAUUCCGUCUUUGCGUAUUGCAGAGUUAUCUUCUCUUGGGAGCAAGUAUUGAUUGUUACGU